AUUUUCCAAAAGACAUGCGACUAAUCAUAUUAGUAUUUGUCGGAACAGUCUUCCUCUUUGAACAUGUAUCUUCCGAAAUUGAAGACAAGCGAGCUGUUGCAGAUGAGAAUAGUUUGUCAGACGAAACAAAAGCUCAUCAUCAUCAUCAUCAUCAUCGAAUUCAUCGAGGAAAAGUUCAUCGGAAACGACAGCCUGUGUGCUUGAAUGGGAAACCAGUAGAUGGGGUUUGUGAAUGCGAACUUGACUUUGUCGGGAAACAUUGUGAAAAGAAGAAGAAUUGCCGAACCUAUCGUCGGUAUAAAAAUGGAACAUGUCCGGAUUGUGUGAAGGGGUAUCAAGGUGAAUACUGCGAGGAAAUCGUUUGUUUUAAUGGAAAACCGAACACUCAUCUAACGGAAUGUCAAUGUGAAGAUCCCUAUUCAGGAGCGCAUUGCGACGAAUUGGAAACGAAAAAGAUUUAUAGCUAUUAUAAUAGAAAGGUGUUUCUUCUUGGUCCACUUGGUGCCAUUUCCCUUAUCCCAAUGUGUGCCAUGUACAUAAUGUGUGAAUACUUUGCUAAAAAACGACAAGUCAAGAGGGUUGGAUUGAUGAUGGAGGGUCAAAAUAUUAAUGUACAAGAUCGGUUAUUAGCAAAGCUACUCAACAACAUGUAAUAGCAUUGAUAUGUGUUUUAGUCGUUUUCAAGAUCUUCAUGGCUACGAGCUUCUUUUUUUGUUUUUUCUUCAAUGACGUCGUCGUUUUUCAGUUUCUUGAAAAACAUAAUGUUACACUUAUUUUUCAGUGUUGAUUUUUAUUUUGAUUGUGAAAUGCAUAAGCUCUGUUGUUUUUUCAUAAACUGUAAGAAUACAUCAU